UUUCCAAUUGUUGCAGUGCAAGAAUUUUUUAGAGAAAACUUUCACACGAGAACAAUUGAUUGAAUUGAACACCUCACCACUCUCCAAUCGACAUAUGCUCGUAAUACAUGCUGAAUUUCUGAGAUGUUAUUCCUUGGUCUUGCAACUUGCAAAUCAGUGAAACAUUCUUGAUGCACUUGAGGGAGGCAUCAGCUGUUCAACCACAGCAAUUAGCUGAUCUUUAGUACAGUAUAGUACUGCUAAACCAACAUGCUGAAUCAGGUUCUGGUACAGACAUCACGACUAAUCCAUACUACAUCUACCGUAUAGGUAGGCGUAUACUAGUAGUACUGCCCCUGAAAAUUAACACUCCAAGAUCCCGCAAAGCAGAAUCAUUUCCCGCUACAUUUUAAAAUAAAUCGCCGUGGCGGCUUGGCGCCUUAACUUCCAACACCUCGAACCUGAACCAAGAAUACAGUAAGCGAUGUUACGACAUCCCGCGUGGGGUGCCAUCUGCUUGCUCGCCGUCAUCUUGAUCCUGUGCGCAGCCAGUCUCUGCACGCACGCCGGGCGGUCGACCUCCUCCUACCACCUGCUGGACGACGAGGAGGAGGAGGACGAUGGCGGCGACGACUCGGCGUCCUUCUCCUUCUCCUCCCCGCGGGCGACGCCGGACGAGCUGGCAUUCGGGUUCUACGAUGGGACGUGCCCCGACGCCGAGGGGAUCGUCGCGUCCACCGUGCGAGAGCUCUUCAUCGCGGACUCCAACGUCGCCGCCGCGCUCGUCCGCCUCUUCUUCCACGACUGCUUCGUCCACGGCUGUGACGCCUCGGUGCUCCUGGACCGUAUCAACGGCGGGAAGUCGGAGAGGGACGCAGCCCCGAACCGCUCGCUGCGAGGCUUCGGCGCCAUCGACAAGAUCAAGGCGAGGCUGGAGAAGAAGUGCCCGGAGACCGUGUCCUGCGCCGACAUCCUGGCGCUGGCCGCGCGGGACAGCCUCGUCCUCGUGGGCGGGCCGAGCUACCCGGUGCUCACCGGCCGCCGAGACAGCGCCCGGAGCUUCCACGACGACGUCAACGUCCCGUCCCCGAACGCCACACACGCCAUGACGCUCGAUGCGUUCGCCCGCCGCGGCUUCACCGAGCGCGAGACAGUCGCGCUCCUAGGAGCACAUAGCAUCGGGAAGGUGCAGUGCAGAUUCUUCAGGGACAGGAUCUACAACUUCGCCGGGACCGGCCAGCCGGACGACUCCCUCGACGCCGACAUGAUCGGCGAGAUGCGGGCCGUGUGCGGCGGCGCCGGCACUGCGCCGAUGGAGAUGGGGUACUACCGGCAGGGGCGGGAGGUUGGGUUCGGCGCGCACUACUACGCGAAGCUUCUCGCGGGACGCGGCAUCCUGCGCUCCGACCAGCAGCUCACGGCUGGGAGCACCGUGAGGUGGGUGCGCGUGUACGCCUCCGGGGUGCGCGGCGAGGAGGCUUUCCGGGAGGACUUCGCGCACGCCAUGGUUAAGCUGUCUGCGCUUGCGCCGCUCACCGGGUCCGCCGGCCAGGUCCGGGUCAGCUGCUCCAGGCCACUUGAGUAGGAACCGCGAGGGAUUUAAUUCCCCUUUUUUUUUUUUUUUUUUUGCCAUGUAAUCUGCAUAUGUUUUUCUUUGUAGAGAGGUGGGACAUGCACACAGCUGAAUUUUCUUGCAAAUGGUGUAAGAGAUAAAGACAUGAGACCAUGAAUGUUGAAAUAUCCCAUGUAGGCAGAAGCGCGUGAUCGAUGGUUUUAAAAGGAACAAGGUGGAGAGCUGAAUUUUCCUGCAAAUAUUGUAAAAUCUGUAAUGCUAAGGCUGCCAAAGUGCCAAGAAAAG